AUGUCUCCCUUGUUAGUCAAUACAAUAAAAGGUAUUUACUCUAAUAAAUCUUAUGCCGCAACUACAGCUAAUGGUCAUACAAUAUCAUCGACUACAGAUCGUGUGCCUCCCAUUAGUGGUUAUCAGUGGCCAAGUGAUCAAACGCCUGGUGUAAUGGGUUUAAAAAAUCAUGGUAACACUUGUUUCAUGAAUGCCGUCUUACAGUGUCUCAGUCAUACCGAUAUUUUGGCAGAAUAUUUUGUUUUGGAUCAAUACAAGGCUGAUUUAAAGCGUCGCAAUAAGAUAAAUUCACGAAAAUUUGGUACAAAAGGUGAAUUAACCGAACAGUUGGCUAAUGUUCUAAAAGCUUUGUGGACUUGUAAGAAUGAAAGUGAUCAUAGCACCAGCUUUAAGGCUGUUGUUGAUCGUUAUGGUUCACAAUUUCGCAGUUCAACGCAACACGAUGCUCAAGAAUUUCUAUUUUGGCUUUUGGAUAAAGUUCACGAGGAUUUAAAUACCGCCACCAAAAGACGCUAUAAAAGUGUCAAGGUAAGUUAAAAAAUUUACAUUAAU